AUGCUCUGGGACACUUACACAGAUUGUCCGGUUGUUGUUGAGAGUCGGCUGUUCUCUGUGCCCUUAGUCCACGAUACCCCCAAUGAUGAGACAAUCACCGUGGGAGCCAAACUCGUCUCUAGACAAUAUACCCCGCAUUCUAAAGACAAGUACAUUCUCUACUUGCAGGGAGGACCUGGUUAUUCGUGUCCGUUUCCCUCAAAAACAAGCCCUGUAUUCCUGGAACCGAUGCUAAGAAGAGGGUACACUGUUGUGCUGCUGGACCAACGGGGCACGGGACUUUCCGAGCCCGUGGACGUGGGGAGCCUCGUUGAUGGGAAGACGCCGGAAGAACAGCUCGAGUACAUCCUCAACUUCAGGGCAGACUCGAUUGUAAGGGACGCAGAAAUGAUUAGGAAGAUACUCCUUGGAGAAACACAAUGGUUGUUGUUGGGGCAGUCGUAUGGGAGUUUCUGCUCUCUGUGCUACUUGUCGAUGUUCCCAAAGUCCAUCAAAUGCGUGUUUCUCACUGGUGGUGUUCCGCCUCUUCUAUCCACUAGGGCAGAGGUUGUUAACAGUCAGGUUGAAAACAUGAGAAAACGUUGCCAGGCAUAUUUUUCCAAGUACAAAGAAGAUAGAGAGCGUCUUGACGGAAUCCAUAGAUACUUGGACAACAACAAGGUAUAUCUCCCCAAUGGAAGUCAAUUGACCGUGGCUCGAUUUAAAGGUGUAGGCUCUUGCUUUGGGGUUACUGGUGGUGCAUUAUAUAUACAUUCUCUCAUCACCACCAUGGCGUUGGAGAUCCAGGCCUUGAAUUCACUCACUUAUAAUACAAAAAACUCCAUAAUGCAAUGCUUUGGAUCAGAGACUAAUAUCCUAUAUUUUCUAUUCCAGCAGGUCAUAUACAUGAACGGUCCAGGACAUCUGGAAAGGUUUUCGCAAGAGAUGUUUGAUGAGUUACCAUUCACUAUAGAAAUGUUUCACUCUGAAAUGCUGACUGAUCCCGUGUUCCAGCCACUAGCGCCGUUGGUCGAUGAACUGUACAGGUUUUCCAAUUGGAAACAGAUUUGGGACCUUGAAAGCCUCAAAUCCAUUAGGUGGGAUGAUAUUCCCGUUGUAGCGGCUUCCUUUGUUGGUGACAUCUAUGUGGAUUUCAACUUGGGACAACGCCUGCAUUCUCUUUUCGAGUUCAAAGACUUGAUCACCAAUAUCCAUUGUCACGAUGGCGUCAAGGCAGACCCAAAUAUCGUUGAGCAGUUGUUCCAUCUCUUGGAAAACGGUAAUUACAUGUAA